CUUCCCUAAAAACAUUUUCCAACCCUUCGGAGUAGGCUACUUCCUCAAAACUGCAGCGUAUAUAAAGUCUGACUGUGACCCACUUACAAAGAAGGAGCCGCUCAACUAAGAAGUCUCACUCUUUACUUCCCUCUGAAAAUAUCGAGAAUGCUGCUGUGUGGGACUGUGCUGCUUUUGUUGGCUUCAGCCUUAGCCUACACCCCUGAGAGUCUGUCAUUAGACUCAGAGUGGGAAAGCUGGAAGACUACCCACCGGAAGGAGUACAAUGGUCUGGGUGAAGAGGCCAUCCGUAGGGCUGUCUGGGAGAAAAAUAUGCUGCUGAUUGAUGCCCACAACCGCGAGUACGAGCUGGGCAUGCACUCCUACGAGCUGGGCAUGAACCACCUGGGAGACAUGACAACAGAGGAAGUGGUAGAAAAGAUGACUGGUUUGGAAGUCCCACUUUUCAGGGAUUCCAACUCCACCUUCAUCCCUGACCUGAGCAAGAGGAGGCUGCCCAAAUACGUUGAUUACCGCAAGCUGGGCUACGUUACCCCGAUCAAGAACCAGGGCUCCUGUGGGUCCUGCUGGGCCUUCAGUUCUGCAGGGGCUCUGGAGGGACAGCUGAUGAAGACCACAGGGCAGCUGGUGUCCCUAAGUCCUCAGAAUCUGGUAGACUGUGUCACCGAAAACAGCGGUUGUGGGGGAGGCUACAUGACCAACGCUUUCAAUUAUGUGAAGGAUAACCAAGGCAUCGACUCUGAGGACAGCUAUCCCUAUGUUGGAGAGGACGGGCAGUGCGCCUACAACAAGUCAGGCAAGGCAGCCGAGUGCCGGGGAUACAAGGUGAUCCCAGAGGGAAACGAGCACGCUCUGCAGGUGGCCGUGGCUAAAGUGGGUCCUGUUUCCGUGGGAAUCGAUGCCAGCCUCUACAGCUUCCAGUUCUACAAAAAAGGUGUGUACUAUGAUCAGAACUGCAACAAGGAUGACAUCAACCAUGCAGUACUGGCUGUGGGUUAUGGAGUCACAGGCAAAGGCAAGAAAUACUGGAUCGUCAAGAACAGCUGGGGUGAGGAUUGGGGAAACAAAGGCUACAUACAGAUGGCACGUAACCGCAACAACUUCUGCGGCAUUGCCAACCUCGCCAGUUUUCCCAUCAUGUAACUGCCCGAGCUGGCCAGGAGAGCAAAGUGGUGGGGUAUUUGCCCAAAGCUACUUUGAAACUAUUACACACAACUUGAACUGAAUCAAAACACAUCACAAUAAAAAUAUCACAUAAUAAAUCAAAGUGGUUGUUUGGAUGCUGACCUGGUAGUAUGCAGCUUCAUGCUGCAGCUUCCUGUUUCUAUAAUACCCCUCUUUGCACAGUUGCAUUAUCUGAACGUUAUAUGAAAGUGUAAUAGUUGUUAUCUGAAAGUGUCUUUAAAUUCCUCAGACUGAUAUAAUGUCCAUGGCAUUGCAGUCUGUCACAGAUUCGCUUCGUUUCUUAUGCACAUUUAAUGGUGAAAUGGAUUGCUGGAAUGAUCCACAACACUGUUACACGUGGCAGGUUUGCAACGGGAAAGCCUGGCAUUUAAAAAAAUGGCUGUGGUAUGGUUGUCUCAUCUUAUUUCACUUCCUUUGCGGUGGGAAUAAGUUGCAACAAAGGUUUCUGAUUGUAUGGGAUGAAAUAAUGAGUCUUGAGGCUCCUACUGGUAGGGGUCCUGUUUUAUGUUCAGCACUGUUCUAGUAAACCUGUGACUUUUUUUUCCAACAAGGUGUUUUGUUUUGUACUUAAUAAAACUAUGGUUGAUUACCCUUAAA